AUGGCCUGCAGCCCGCGAACCCCGCCGUCGUACCGGAGCCGCGGCGACCGCGACGCCAGCCCGCCGCCCCCCGCGAGAUGGAGCCUGGGGCGCAAGCGCAGAGCCGACGGCCGGCGCCGGGCGGAGGACGCCGAGGGCCCCGCGAAGCCGGCGGACUGCCGCCGGCCCGACAGCUUCACCACCCCCGAGGCCCCGAAGCCCCGGCCGCGGUGUGCGGACUGGGCGAGCGCCGUGGAGGAGGAUGAGAUGCGGACCCGGGUGAACAAAGAGAUCGCAAGGUACAAGAGGAAGCUCCUCAUCAACGACUGCGGGCGGGAGAGGAAGUCGCCGCUGGGAAGCUGUGACUCCAAGGCGCCCGCCGACCUGGAGACGGACGAAAGUGUCCUGAUGCGGAGGCAGAAGCAGAUCAACUACGGGAAGAACACCAUGGCCUACGACCGCUACAUCCGCGAGGUCCCGAGGCACCUCCGCCAGCCCGGUAUUCACCCCAAGACCCCCAACAAGUUCAAGAAGUACAGCCGGCGCUCGUGGGACCAGCAGAUCAAGCUCUGGAAGGUGGCCCUGCACUUCUGGGACCCUCCCACCGAAGAAGGAUGUGAUUUGCAAGAAAUACACCCCGUGGACCUCGGGGAGAUGGAGACGGAGUCCGCCGAGAGCAGCUCCGAGUCCCAGGCCAGCUCCCAGGACCACAGCUUCGACAUGUACGAGGGCACCCCCACCAAGGUGAGACACCUGGACUGCCACGUGGACGACGAGUUCGACUUGGAAGCGUGUUUAACCGAGCCCCUGAAGGACUUCUCUGCCAUGAGCUAG